AUGAUCGGCACGUUCGCCCGCGGGGCUGGGCGCCCGAGGCAGGACUGGACGACGCAGGUGAUGAACGAAGCCGCGAAGAGAUGCCCCGACCGCAGGCGGAUGGAGCAAGCCAUGGCAGACCGAUCCCCAGGGUCGGAGCAACGCUGGCACCACCUGUUCGACUUGCCCAACGGCUUCGAGACUGGCCGCCCCGCCUUCGGGCGGGGCGUCUCCGCCGCUCCGCAGGCUCUCCCGGCGCGGCAGCCAUGGAGAGUUCCGAGGGCCACGGCCUGGCUCUGUGGAGAUUUGGGCUUCCUUCAGAAGCGGCGCCGCGACGCGCCUGGCGGCGGGCAGCCGCCCCCGGCGCCGAGCGGCAGGGUCGCCGACGCGGCACGGCCGGCGCCCUCCCUGCAGCUGGGCCUCUCAGGACCUGGCGGCCGCUGUGCGCGCCGCGUCACGGAGCAGAGAUGUCGGCGAUCUGCGCAUGUGGCGGGAGAGUACUCGGAGGCGGUGCUUUUCCACGCAGGCUCGCUGUCGCCCAAGCAGCUGGCCUUCAUCACCAACGGUUUCGCCCGCGCCCUCGUGCCCGACCGCGACGUGUUCCGCCGCCUGGCGGACCGGGCGAUCGAGAAGGCCAGCGAUUUCGAGCCGAGGGAUGUGGCGUUGUUGCUGAACGGAUACGCGCGGUUGCAGUUCCGUGACCUCGUUCUCUUCGAGCACUUCUCCAAGGAGAUUUGUUCUCGGCCCGCCGACGGCUACGGGGAGCAGCAGCUCUCGCUUGUAGCGAACGCCUACGCCCGCCUGGACAUCAGUGACAGAAAGCUUUUCCAGCGGCUUGGCGGCUGGAUUGCUGCAAGGUCCCCCGAGCUCACACCUCAGGGACUUGCGACUGUCAUGAACGCUUACGCAAAAAUUCAAAUCAGGGAUACAAAGUUGUUUGAGGCCCUGGCGACGAGCGUUCGCCGUCUCUUGCCAGAGCUGAGCCCGCAGCACCUGGCGAACGUGCUGAACGCGUACGCGAAGCUUCAGAUUCAGGACACGGAGGUGCUGGAGGUUGUGGUGAGCCAGGUUCCUCGAACCAUACAAGGUUUCGGACCGAUCGAGGUGGCUGCUACCCUGCACGCGAUCACGGCACUGGAAAUAGGACAGCCGGCGUUAACUCAGGCGCUCACCGCCCUGGCUUCAGCCGUGCAGGAGCGCGCAGAGGAGUUCCGCGCGAGGCAGUUCGCUGGGGUACUUCAUGCCUUUAGCACACUGAACACCACAUACGGCCGCAUGCUUGCGGACCUGGCGCCCCACGUGGUCCAGUGCUUGAGCGACGCGGAUGACCAGAGCUUGUCCGUAAUGUUCUGCGCCUACGCGCGCGCCGGCCAGCCCGUGGAGCACGUGAUCGCGCCGCUGCUCGAGCGCCUGGAGCCCCUCGUCGCCACCGUCGAGCCGCAGGGCCUGGUGCAGCUCUUCUACGCCUGUGGCCGCCUCGGCCUGCACCGGGAGAAGCUGGUGCGACGAUUGGCACAGCUCCUGCAACGGGACGUCACCGCGCUGUCGCCCCAGCACGUGGCAAACUGCGCGUACGCCGUCGCCAGGCUGGGCCUUGAGACGGAGGAGUGCGCCGCGCUCCUGGGCUCGCUGCAGGUGCAGCUGGCUCGUGGCAGCCUGUCCUUCGAGCCGCAGCACUGCGUUAAUAUCCUCCACGCGCUGGCCGCGGUGCACGGCGUCGGGUCUCCGACGCAGGACGUGGCCGUGCCCCUUGCCGGCACAGUGGUGCCCGCGAUUGUGAAGCAGGCCCUCGCGCUGGACUGGAGGGGGCCAAAGCACGCGCAGCUGCUCGCCUCGGCCACGGUGUCGUGCGCCCGCUUGCGGGAGGCCUCGGCGCAGCUGUUCUCGCUCGCCGCGCGCACGGUACAGCUCGCGGGCACAGGCGCGCCGAUCUCAAGGCAGGGGCUCGCGGACUUGCUCGGGGCCUUCACCGCGACCAGGUUCUUCGACCUGGACCUCUUCGCCUGGGUCCUCAGCAGAUUCAGCCUGGACAGGCCGGGCGCCGUGCAGAUCCCAGCGAUCCUCGGCGUCGUCGGCGCCCUCGACCACGCCAGCCACUCCUUCGUGGAUUCCGAGGAUGACCUGGCCGCGCUGGGCCGCCUGCCCGUUGCUGGCGCGGAUGGCGCAGUCCCGGCGGCGCCCCGCGUCGAAUGCAGCUAG